GGCUCUUACCAAUGUGGGGCAGUUAAACCCUGACUGGAAAGAUUAAAUAGAAGCACAUGAUGAUUCAACCCGUGACUUUCACUAGGAGCAGCUCAUACCACGACUAAAUGAAUGAAUUUCCCUUUAUUUUCUCCCCUGACACCGUAGCCUGCUUUUCUGCAUCUAGUCCAUGAUGGCAUCCCCAAGGCUGGAGACGUUCUGCUGCCCAAACAGAGACGCAUCGACUGAAUUUGUCAUUACUUUUCAGCCCCUCUUCUUUAGCGCCAUUUGCAUUGGUAGCGCAGGUUUAAGUUUGGUAUUUUCUAUAUUACAACUUUUGCCCAAACGUAGGGGUUACAGACGCCUUGGACAGUACCCUCUUCCCAAGCCAGCGUCUUCGUCGAGAAUAUUGUUUAUCAUCAGCAUAUGUGAUAUUCUGGGAUGUACAGGUAUCAUAGUGAGGUCAUCCAUCUGGCUGGGCCUGCCCAGCCUUGUCAGAGGGAUCAAUGUGGCCAACAACAGCGACGUGUGGCCAGAGGUGUUCUGCGUCGGCAGUGCAAUGUGGAUCCAGCUGUUCUUCAGUGCAUCCUUCUGGUGGACCUUCUGUUACGCUGUGGAUGUCUUCCUUGUGGUCAAAAGAUCUGCAGGAAUCAGUACCAUCAUCCUGUAUCACAUGAUCACAUGGGGUCUGGCCGUGUUGCUGUGUGUGGAGGGUGUGGCCAUGCUCUACUACCCAUCCAUCUCCAGCUGUGAGAAUGGCCUGCAGCAUGCCAUUCCUCACUACAUCACUACUUACGCUCCUCUACUGCUGGUGCUUAUAGUCAACCCUACGCUGUUCGCCAGGACUGUGUCUGCAGGUCAGUUCAAACUGCCCCUCUGGUGCUUUAUGAUUCAGAGCCUUGGACAGGCAAAUGCGUCCCAAAUGGCACCCUAUUCCCUAUUUAGUGUACUACUUUUGACCAGGGCCCACAGGCCGCAUCCACAGGCACACUCAUAUCAGAUAUUUCAUACAUAGAUACAGUUGAAGUCGGAAGUAUACAUACACUUAGA